AUGGGAAUAACAACACUAAGUGAUCUUGAAAAAGAAAAAGGAGGAUUAGUAACUGAAAAUAAUAAUGAUAAUAUUAAUAUUAUGAAUAAUAAUGUAAAUAUUAAAAGUAAUGAUGGAAAAUAUCAUGAAUUAAGAGAAGAUGAUAAAGUAGAUAAAAGUAGAGCAAAUAAUUAUAGUGGUCAAAAUGCAACUAUCCAAGACUUGGGUGAGCCAAAUGGAGAUGGAUCAAAUGUUUAUAUUGGAAUUGAUGGUAUCUACCAUUACUAUGAUGAACGUACCACAUCAACGAUCGCUAAACUAUUGGCUCGUUUUGGAUUCGUAAUAGAGGUUAAAAGAAAGCAUCUGGUCAAUUUACUAAAGACUAUCUCCUUUUGGGUAUUUUUCGCUUCGUUUGCAAUGCUCAUCGCAGAGUUUGUCAUUGGGAAAGGCUUUGCAUCUCCUCGUGAAAACAAGAUGAUUGGUCCACAUCCCGAGGCUGUCUUUCUCGUCGGAGGAUUGGUCCCCUACUAUGUCAAGGUUCACCAUCAAAUCUAUCGAAUCGUAUUGCCACUCAUUAUCCAUUUCGGUAUCAUUCAUCUAUUGAUAAACUCUGUUUUCUUGAUUCGGUUUUGUGUCAUCACUGAACAACGUUGGAAGUGGAGAUGGACACUACUCGUAUUUCUUCUCACCGACAUUGGAGCUAGUUUAUUGGCAAUGAAUGCUCCAAAAGGGUACAAUGUCCUCACGUCUGGUGCCAGUGGCUCGAUUUGUGGAUUUAUCGGUGCAGUCAUGUGCGAAACCUUUUUUGCAAGAGAAGAGAUGAGUAAAGUGAGUCGAUACUAUACCCUUGGAUCUUUGAUAUUUAGUAUGGCUGUCUGUCUCAUUCUCAGUAGUCUUCCGGGCUACAGUCUUGGAGGUCAUUUAGGUGGAUUUAUCUCAGGUGUUUUAUUGGGUGGUGCCAUAUUCAUCAGAAAUCCUGCCAAGAAAAAGAUUAGAAUUGCAAUGAUUCUACUUGCUGUUGGAUAUUUCUCUAUUACCAUCCUCUUAUUUUUGGCUUUACCAGCACGUGGGGAUGAGAGCACGUAUUAUCGCUCGUGA